ACCCGGAAGUGUUGCGUUUGCGUGAUCGACGUCAAAUGUCGCGGACGAGCCGUGCCGCCGCUGUUGACGUCAUCGAGCUCCCGUCCUCCACGGCGUGUUCUGGUUCGGCGGCGGACGGGAAGCAGCGGCCGCGGUGCUUUGUGGGUCCGCCGCCGUCGUUCUUCCGAAGGGUCGCGAGGGAGCGCGACGUCAUGGCCGAGCUGCUGCAGGUGCUCGACGCGGCCGAGCAGGCGGACCACCAGCACCACCUGCACCACCGCGACGUCGUCCGCGGCUCGGCUCGCUUGCCGCUCGGGCCGGCCGCCGUCCGCUCGCCGACUUCCUCCGAGUCGGCUGACAAGCCGCCGCCGCCGCCGGGGCCGCUCGGCUGGGUGCGCCUCAACGUGGGCGGGACCUACUUCGUCUCCACCAAGCAGACUUUGUGCAGGGAGCCCAAGUCGUUCCUGUUCCGACUCUGCCAGGACCACCCGGACCUGGACUCCGACAAAGACAGCACGGGGGCCUAUUUGAUUGACAGGGACCCCACCUACUUUGGACCAGUCCUCAAUUAUCUCCGCCACGGAAAGCUGAUCAUGGACAAGAACCUCGCUGAGGAAGGCGUUCUCGAAGAGGCGGAAUUCUACAACAUCGCCUCCCUGGUGCGUCUGGUGAAGGAGCGCAUAAGGGACAACGAGAACCGCACGUCGCAGGGUCCCGUCAAACACGUCUACCGUGUCCUGCAGUGCCAGGAGGAGGAGCUGACUCAGAUGGUCUCCACCAUGUCGGACGGCUGGAAGUUUGAACAGCUGAUCAGCAUUGGCUCGUCCUACAAUUACGGCAACGAGGACCAGGCGGAGUUUCUGUGCGUGGUGUCGCGGGAGCUCAACAACGCGGCCAACGGCGUUGUCAUGGAGCCCAGCCAGAAGGCCAAGAUCCUGCAGGAGCGAGGCUCACGCAUGUGACCACGCCAUCUGAUUGGAGCACGGAUGCCGGUCAUCGUUCCAGGCUACUUCCUGUCCCGUUUGGCGGGAAAAUAUUUGUCAACCGAGGUGGGACGCUUCCCAUUGGAUGUCCAUCACUUCUGUUUCCACAGGAAGUGACACGCGGUGGCGUCUCUUGACUUCCCGUCUCGAUGUCACGCGUGCAGUUUGACCCUGGCAUAUCGUCGCAUGUUGGACGUUGGCCCCGCCCCUUGCCAUCAUUUGGUCACGUGGCAGCAAAGGUGGAGCAGCGUGAACAAACACUCGCCCAGUUUGGCCAAUCACGUCGCAUCUUCAGCUUAGUAAAAGUUCAUCUCUACGCUUUCGGACGAUAACGGUUGGACGCCAACUUUCUGGAUCAGUUCGUGACUUUGAUGUUACUUGGCGCAUUUUUAAAAUGAGCAUCAAAUGACAUUUGAAAUGCUAACAUGCUUGCGGAUAUGGGCUCGCAUUAGCAUGCUAUGUUGCCAACUAGCAGCGAGUUGUCGAUGUGACGCGUGCAUGUGCGUGUUUGUCAGACCUGAUUAUCAUGCUAACACAGCGACCAGCACCAUGCUAGCAGGACGUUCUCCGCUUAGCAUGAUAGCAUCUGUUAGCAUUGCUGGCCACUGAAGAUAAAAGGAGAGAUCGUUAGAUGUUAACGGUUACGAAAAAAAAUACAUGGCUUUACAUACAGUAUAUAUUUACAAAUGCAUCUAAUAUGUAUGUAGGUCAUUUUCAUAUUUGUUUCAUAAUUGUUAAGACACUUGUAUAAAAAAAACAAAAAAAAAAUUGUAAAUUUUUCAAUUUACCCAUGCCGCCUCAGUUUUGUUUGUCAAUCUCCCAUGCUGAAAUAGUCACGCUAUAAAUCCUAUUUUUGACUAUUUAGAAUUUUCGACCAUAACAGUAAAAACGAGAUAAAUUAUAAAUGAUAAAAACAUGGAAGUCCUAAUCAAAUGUCAUCUGAACAAGAUCUUGUAAACUUGUAAAAUAACUUAUAAAAAAUAAUAAGCAAUGAUAACAACUUGCAUUCUUGCCACAGUUGUCGAUAGAACCCACUGACAGAGCAAAUGGCGGCCCACUCAAAUGCACUUCCUAACACGGAAGACAAAAAUUGUGUCAUUUGCACAUUGGACGUGUUGGACGUGUUGCCCUUCAAACUCUUCAGAUACAAGUGCAUAACUGAUCCUAACUACUCAUGAAAACAACUCUUCAUACCAUCGUAAUAACAGGAAAGACACUUGGACAAAUUCCUGCAAAUUCAUUCAUAUCUGAACAAUAACAUUGCUUACUUUGCUGUCUGCUAUUGCGUCAAUGCAAAAUGGCUGCCUCAUCCUGGCACUUCAGAUCAAAGAUCCCUCUGGUGUAUUGCAACAACAUCAUGAGGCUCACCCCAGUGGCGUUAAUAAGAAAGACGGCUUCAGUGACUUUUGUCAAAAAAAAAAAAGGAACUCUUUGGACACGAAGAUGCAUUUGUGUUCGUUUUCAUGGAAAAGGAAACUCAUUCACGUUAACAUGGAUAUUUAAACGCAACAGCCGUCAAUGGCAGUGAAUGAGUUUUAAGCAAAAGCAGAAAACUAUCCCAGCUAUCUUCGGGCGGGAGGCGGGGUACGCCCCGAACCGGUCGCCAGCCAAUCGCAGGGCACAUAAAAACAAGCAACCAUUCGCACUCACAUUCAUACCUACAGGCUAUUUGGAGUCUUCAAUUAACCUACCGUGCAUGUUUUUGGGACGUGGGUGGAAACCGGAGCGCCUGGAGAAAAGCCACGCAGGCACGGGGAAAACAUGCAAACUCCACACAGGCCGGGCCGGGAUUUUAACCCCGGUCCCCAGAACUGCGAGGCAGAUGUGCUAACCAGACGUCCGUCGUGCCGGCUCGUUGCAAAUCCUAAAACUUUAUUGGGGACACCUAACGGUAAAGACAUUUUGGCAUUUGAAGUUUGAAAAAUAUUACUGUAGAAUAAUUAUUUUCAUUGAAACAAUUGUGAUGUUUUGAUGGAUAACAACUGCCAGUAAUUCUAAUACUCAUAUUAGUCAAAUGGAUUUUUUUUUUUAAUUCAUGAAAUUCGGUGUGGCGUGUCUUUGCCGUUAUUGAUUAAAUGAUAAGAAAAUGGCCCAUGUGCAAAUGUAUACUGUAUGUAUUCAACUUGAUUGGGAGUAGUUGAUGUGUAAAAAUGAAACGUUUGUGUACGAGGACACGAGAGGUUGCGGUGUGUGUGUCGUUUGGGGGAUGAAUCGGGCCUGCCGUGUCAGUGUCGUGGUGCAUGAUGGGUGUGUUUGUAGGGGGUUCCAUGGCUGUGUGGUGUGUUGAUGUCCAACUCUACUUACCCGCCACUCAUGUUGUUUGUUAUCGGCUCGACCUCGGGCUAAUCACGCUAACAGGUAAUUAGCCACCGAGCGACCAGUGGAAAGCUCCUGAAGACACGAUUCGACGGUCAUUUGUGUCUUUUACUUAUUAUUGCACAUUGUGUCUGCAGAUGUCUUUUGUUGUCGUGUAACUCUUCUAAAAACAACUUUCUCGCCAUAAAUUCUGU